UUUCCGUUUCUCAGCUCUGGUUGCUUUCGAGCCCUCUGCCACGUUCAUCUUCAACCUCCAUCGCACCCACGCUAACUUGCAAUAGUUUUUUCCUUCUUUCACUUCUCAAGAUUUAAUUUUUUCCUUUCGACCAAAAAAAAAAGAUUCAAUUUUUUCUUUCCAGCAUACCCAUUUGCUUCAUUCUUUCUUCUUGGUCCAUAAAAACCCAGAACUUUUAGUAUACUGCACAAUACCAUUGGCAUUUUCGAUAGCCCAUUACUCAAUUUUGUGUUCCUGGUCCAUGUGGGUUCACAAUUUGUCACAACAUCGCAUGAUAUGCUUGAUAUGAUGAAGCAUUAGAGAGUGUUGCAGGCAAUUAUGAUCAAUGCCUCCAUGGUCAAUUUUCCAUGGACCACCUGCAAAUUUGAAUGCGAUUAAAAAGAAUAUUCAUUGAGUGUGUUAUUAGAAAGUUGGAUUCUUGGAUGGUUUUGCUACAAUGUGUAAUGUGGGGAGCUCCAACUGCUAGAAAUGAGAGGAUUGAGGAUUAAUGCCUGUUGGGUUCCCCAUGCAUUUCUGUUUCUUAUAAUUUUUUUAAGCUUAUUGCCUCGCACUCGGUGUGUGAAUGGAGAUGAUUACAGCAGGACCAAAAACCCAGCUGUGCUUCCUAUGGUUACACAGCUAAUCUAUAGCCGGCUUACAAAUAUCACUAAAACUUUAAGCACUGACCUUAAAGCUGAUAUGGGCUUCUGCAUAAAGAAUGUAGAUGAUGAUUGGAAUGGAGCAUUCAAUUUUACGGGAAAGCUGGGAUUCUUGACUGAUUGUAUAAAGCAGACAAGUGGAGAUGUCACUAAUAGACUAUGUACAGCAGCAGAAAUAAGGUCCUAUUUCAAGAGUUUCACCGCAGGUGCGAUAAAACGUUCAAACUACUUAAAACUAAACAAGAACUGCAAUUUGACCUCAUGGGUUUCCGGAUGUGAGCCUGGUUGGGGCUGUAGUCUCGGCCAGAACCAGAAGGUUGACCUCAAAGCUUCAAGCAUACCAUCUAGAACUCGGGAUUGUCAGCCUUGUUGUGCAGGGUUCUUCUGCCCUGAGGGCAUUACGUGCAUGAUACCUUGUCCUUUAGGUUCUUUCUGUCCCAGAGCAGCAUUGAACAAAACGACUGGAUUAUGUGACCCAUAUAGUUACCAAGUACCCGCAGGAGAACCAAAUCAUACUUGUGGUGGCGCAGAUAUUUGGGCUGAUGUUGACAGUAAAACUGAUAUUUUCUGUUCAGCUGGAUCAUACUGUCCGUCUCCUAUACGUAAAUAUAUUUGCAGUAGUGGGCAUUACUGCAGGAUGGGUUCAACUGCUGAAAACUCGUGCUUGAAGUUGACUGCAUGUGGUCGUGGUACUGCAAACCAGAAGAUUCAUGCUUAUGGGAUCAUCCUUAUUGUUUUACUGAGUCUUGUUCUGCUCGUAAUUUAUAACUGUUCUGAUCAAGUUCUUGCCAUUCGGGAAAAAAGGGCAGCUAAGUCCAGGGAAGCUGCAGCAAGACAUGCACGAGAAACUGCAAAAGCACGCGAAAGAUGGAAGUCUGCAAGAGAUGGAGUCAAGAAGAGCAGAACGGGAUUGCAUGAGCAGAUGUCCCGAACAUUUUCUCGCAAAAAAUCUGCAAAAUCAGAGCCAUUGAAGGUUUUAGGCCAAGCUAAACCUGGUACUGAUGACUCUUUGUUACCACCUAAGAUACCCGGUACAUUAAGUGGGGAGCAGUCAUCAGCAGCUGCUUCAAAAGGAAAGAAAAAGGAACCAAGCGACCUUACGAAAAUGAUGCAAUCCCUUGAGGAUGAUCCAAAUAGUAAUGAAGGUUUUGAUCUACAGAUUGGGGAUAAAAAUAUUAAAAAGCAAGCACCAAAAGUUAAAAACCUGCAUACUCACAGUCAAAUUUUCAAGUAUGCAUAUGGGCAACUUGAGAAGGAGAAAGCUAUGCAACAACAAAGCAAGAACUUGACCUUCACAGGACUAAUCCAAAUGGCUACCGAUACUGAUGUGAAGACCCGUCCUACGAUUGAAGUAGAUUUCAAAGAUUUAACUCUCACUCUGAAAGGAAAAGAAAAGACUCUUCUGAGGUGUGUCACUGGGAAACUUUUACCUGGUCGAGUUUCAGCAGUCAUGGGUCCUUCGGGAGCUGGGAAAACAACUUUUCUUUCUGCAUUGGCAGGAAAAGUAACUGGAUGCACUGUUACGGGAUCAAUUCUUAUAAAUGGAAAAUCUGAACCAAUGCAUUCAUAUAAGAAAAUAAUAGGUUUUGUGCCUCAAGAUGAUAUUGUGCAUGGAAACUUGACUGUGGAGGAGAAUCUCCGAUUUAGUGCAAGGUGCAGGCUAUCUGCAAACAUGCCAAAACCUGAUAAAGUCCUGGUUGUUGAAAGAGUUAUUGAGUCCUUGGGACUACAGUCUAUUAGAGACUCCCUGGUUGGUACUGUGGAGAAGCGAGGAAUCUCUGGAGGUCAAAGGAAACGUGUAAAUGUUGGCUUAGAGAUGGUCAUGGAACCUUCAUUAUUGAUCUUGGAUGAGCCUACAACUGGUUUGGACAGUGCAUCUUCCCAGUUACUUCUUAAAGCGCUUCGACGUGAAGCUCGUGAAGGGGUAAACAUCUCCAUGGUAGUUCACCAACCAAGCUAUGCCUUAUUCAGGAUGUUUGAUGAUUUCAUUCUUCUAGCCAAAGGAGGUCUUACUGUAUAUCAUGGAUCUGUAAAGAAGGUUGAAGAAUACUUUGCUGGCAUCGGGAUUGUUGUACCAGACCGUGUUAAUCCUCCGGACCACUUCAUUGACAUUUUGGAGGGUAUAGUAAAACCAAGCUCAGGUGUGACUCAUGAAGAACUUCCCGUUAGGUGGAUGCUUCAUAAUGGGUACCCAGUACCUCCAGAUAUGCUGCAUCAUCUUGAUGGUAUUGCUGCAAGCUCAGCUGGCCCAAAACCUGUAAUGAAACGAGAUCAAUCUUUUGCUGCAGAUAUGUGGCAGGAUGUAAAGUCUAAUGUUGUGGUGAAAAAAGAUCACCUACAACAUAACUUCUUCACGUCUAACGAUUUAUCCGACCGAAUUACUCCUGGUGUAGUUCGGCAGUACAGAUAUUUCCUAGGGAGGGUUGGUAAGCAGCGACUACGAGAUGCUCAAAUGCUGGCAGCUGAUUAUCUGAUUCUAUUACUGGCUGGAGCCAUCUUAGGGACUCUUGGUAAAGUGAAGGAUGAAACAUUUGGUGCCCACGGCUAUACUUAUACUGUCAUUGCUGUUUCACUGCUAUGCAAAAUUGCAGCAUUGAGAACCUUUUCUCUGGACAAAUUACAGUACUGGAGAGAGAGUGCAUCUGGGAUUAGCAGUCUGGCUCAUUUUCUGUCCAAAGAUACGCUGGACCAUUUCAAUACAAUCAUCAAACCAUUGGUUUAUCUAUCCAUGUUCUAUUUCUUUAAUAACCCAAGGUCAUCCUUUCAGGACAAUUACAUUGUCUUGCUUUGCCUUGUGUACUGUGUGACCGGCAUAGCUUAUGCAAUUGCCAUCUACCUUGAACCUAGCCCUGCCCAACUGUGGUCCGUGCUUCUUCCUGUUGUUUCAACCCUCAUUGCAAACCAAGUGAAAGACAGUGAAGUAGCAAAGCGUGUAGCAAACUUUUGCUACACGAAGUGGGCACUAGAGGCUUUUUUCAUUGCAAAUGCAGAAAGGUACUCUGGGGUGUGGCUGAUUACUCGCUGCAAUCAAUUAAUGAAAAGAAGCUAUGACCUUGAUGAUUGGACUCUUUGUCUGGUCGUCCUUAUCGUCAUUGGCGUGCUUAGUCGUGUCCUGGCUUUCUUUCUGAUGGUGACUUUUCAGAAGAAGUAGGUUGGUCUGGAUAUCCCCUUUCUCUGCAGAUUUUCUUGUAUAUAGAUCAUACAAGUCAGAUUUCAACACCCUUGUAAUUUGUAUCAUAGUCACUGAUGAAGGUGAAGCAGAAUUCUUUAACAACAGAAAAUUGAUGGCUAACAUUGUAAGCAGAAAUGCUCAUGCCUAGAUGAGUAUAGAGGACCCACACAUUUACUUAAUUUUGUACAAAAAAGGAACUGUUCAGUUUACUUUGAUCUCUAUGUAUGCUCGGUAGUUUGACAUCACAUAUAUAUUUAUAGUUUCUCAAAUUUUGAGCUUGAA